AUGGCUAACACUCCCAAAGAUGAAGCAGGCAAAAAGGUCCGUAAAGAAUCGUUCUUCUCACAAUACCACCCAGGAGGGGCUAAGAAUCCUGAUGUUCCCACGCAGCCAAAGCCGUCGCCAUCGUCGUCGACAUCAGCAGCGGCAUCCACAUCCUCGGUUCCUCGUAGCCAACAGUCGAGGGCGGAGAUCAGCCCACCGCCGCGCAUCAACGGCGGCCACUUUACACCACGAGUACCUUCCAAAUUCGCGGGUGCCGGAUCAGCGAAGGUGAAAGCAUCGGGCCCAUCUACGGCAUCGGCACCAUCUGGGACAUCUUCGACAUCUCCUGCAUCUCCGACAUCUUCCACAUCUCCGACAACCAAUGCGCCGUCGCCGGGCAACAUGACGGUCGCAGCAAUGGCCAAGGAGACGCUCGAGCUUACGAGUCGAUUGAGUCGUCUGGCGCCGGACAUGGCUUCGCGGUCAGAGAAGGUGGAGAAGGAAUUUGAGGUUCUGGGUAGAGAAUUGAAAGCUGCGCUGAAGGAACCGGAUGCGCUACGAAAAGAACUUGAGGCGGAGAAGGUGGAGAGUGCUGCGGCGAGAGUGGAUGCAGAGACUGCGCGGAACGAGGCGAAAGCAGCGCAGACCGAUCUGGAGACUUCGCAAGCAGAGACGUCAGCUGCGCGGGCUGAGACCAAAUUGCUCAAAGGCGAGAUCGAUGGCGUGAAGGCAAAUUUCGAAGCCGCCCGAAUAGAAGCAGAGUCUGCGCAAAAAGACCUGAAGACUUCAAAAGCAGAGACCACGGCUGUGUGGGCUGAGUUCAGAUCGCUCCAAGAUGAGAUCUUCGGCGUGAAGACUGAUGCUGAAGCCGCCCGAAUCAAUGCAGAGUCUGCGCGGAAGGAGACCGACGGAUUGAGAGAAGAGCUCACAGCUGCUCGAGCUGAGACUCACACGGCAAAACUAGAGACGGCCACUGCGCGUAACGACGGUGCUGUGUUUAGAAAACAGGUGCGAGAUGCGCAGAAAGAGACAGACGGGAUGCGGGCGGAGGUCGAAGCGCAGCGACUCAAAGCCGAGACCACUGCGAAAGAAGCUGAAGCACAGCGACAGAAAACUGAAAUCGCAACAAACAAGGCUCAGAUUGAGCAGCUCAGAGCUGAUACUGCCACGAAGAAGGUGGAGUCCGAGCGAUCCAAAGCUGAGACAGCAGUGAAGGAGGCGGACGCUCUGCAGUUGGAGAAUAAUUCGUUGCGAGAGGCAAAAGAAGCUGCGGUCGCUAACGCUGAGACUUUGCGCGCCGAGAAUGAGCUACUGCAGGAAGAGAGCGCUGCUGCGGCUGCCGAUGCCAAUACCGCGCGCGAGGAGGCGGAGUCUAGGCGGAAAGCGGUCGACCUUGCGCUUGAAAACGCUGGCACUCUACGCACCAAAUUGGACGAUCUGCAAGGACGCAUUAAGCUUUGUGAGGAGGAGAAAGUGACUGCGCUGGCUGAGAAUACGAAGUUGCGGCAAGAAGUCGAGGAUGCGCAGAAGCAAGCGACUACGUCUUUGAAUGACACUGGUAAUGCGAGGUCGGAUGCUAAGCUGGCUCGAGAAGAGAAAGAGGCGGCGCUGGCUGAAGUCGCUGCCGUGAAAUUGGAGAUUGAAGGUUUGCGGAAAGAUGCCAGCGUUGCACGAGAUGCUUCCCAGCCAGCUGAAGAAGAUGAAAAUUCUCUCAAAGCGAAGCUGAGGGACCUUGAGAAGCAAUUGGGGGAGAAGGAGACUGCCCGGAAGAAGAUGAAGGAGGGCUGUAUACAACGAGAUGCGAGGAUAAAAUUGCACAAAGAGCAGUUGGAAGAGAAAGAGGGACUCAUCUCUGGUCUGACAGAGAAGCUCGCAACGGAAGGACAGAAGAGCAGGGAUCUGACAGAGCAACUCAGUCGCCAGGAGGAAGCAAUCCAGUCCUUGGAGGACAAGUCGACGCAGUGCGAAUCGAUGGCCCAGAACGCAGCUCAGACACCGACCGCUGCACCAGAGCUUCAUACUGGCAAAAUCGUUGCCUCGCCUCUGAAGUACACAGACCCGGAAAACCGAGCUACGAUCAAGGCAACAGGGCCUCAAGUUGCGCCGCCCGAUCCGAGACUUUCGACUUCGCGAACGAUACCGGCGCUCCCGCAAUGGACCAUAGAAGAACACGAUGUGAUGUACUACUCCAGCAACAAGAUACGCAAAAUGGUCAACAUGUUGCCCCCCUCCAAGGAAAAGAUGGAACACCUACGACCACAUCAGUGGGCACUGAGCGCCGUAUCCAAUCGGCCUAAGAAACCCAGAGAUUGGUGGACCAAGAAUAAUGAGAUCGAUUCAGACGAGAUGGUAGUGUUUGGUGAAGAUGAGGCCCCGCCUGAGGAUGCGAUGUGUGAAGUGACUCAGACUGAACCAUUCCGAAACGCGAAGAAUUAG